CUGACAUCGAUUUCUGAAUUUUUAAUUAUCUUUUUUCCGUACAUAUCACACUGACAUUUUACGUCUAAUAUCCGAACAGAGAAGGAUGAGCUCUUCCCAAAUAUAUUUACAUUUACUUCUCUGCCUUCCGAUGUUGUUGACUAGCAUGAUUUCUACGCCAUCAACUGAAAACCAACUCUCUAACGUGUUAGAGCAGAUAUGGUGCCUAGAAAAUGCAGUUCAAAUUCAGAAUGAAUUAGCUCAACAACGUUGUCCAAUUACAUUCUUACAGAGAAACGGUGUGAACUGCUCGGUUUACUGUGACGGACGGUUUGUUUUGAACAAUUCUUUAUACGAGGAGGAAGGCUGUGUAAAUUUCGCGUUAGAUCUAACACUGUCUUUCCGUGAAAUCAACAUCUCCUUCCUAAACACACAACAUUGCAAUGUAUCUAAAUGCAUCGUGGACUGGAUCAACAUCACCUGUAAUAUUUCAAGUCAUUCUGAGAAUAAUGAACACUUUCUAGAUAAGAUAGAUUUUACAGGCGAUGACAUACUCACAGAUUUGGUGAAGGCUUUGAGUUGCGGAAUAGCGGGUUGUAUAAUAGGUAUACUAGCCACGAUAUCUGGACGCUGCUCCAGGCACAAAUUGCGCAUGGUGACCAAAAAUGGACAAAUAUCAACCGACCCUCAGUUAGAUAAUCAAGAUUGGAAUGACUCUGGAGACAAUAUGCACGUAUAUUCCGAUAUAAAUGAUACCGUGAGGGACACGAGUUCGAGGAAGAGUGGAACGUCAGAUCAUUUCAAUGAAAGCAACGGUUUAAAAGACAGCGACUCGUCAUUAGAGAGUUGUAAUAAGGAACAAACAACUCGAAACGAAAGUGAAGAAAGCAAAACUUAUUUUGAACUUGAAAAGAUGAUGAAUGGACUUUCGUAACGUUGUACUGUAUUGUGUAUAGUAUUGUAUUGUGUAUAGUAUUGUGUUUUAUUAUUUACCCAUCAAU